AGUCACUCUCUCUCUCUCUCUUUUGCUGCUUCUCCUCUCAGAUUGGGCUUUUUGAUCUCACUGGUACGCUCUUUGCUUCAAGCGAUCUGCGAACCAGCUAAUCUCUCGGUUGCUCUAUUUUUGUUUUUAAAUGACAUAUUUUUUUUUUAUAGGUUCAGUUGUGCUUAUGAACUCUAAAAUGGUUUCUCUGUGCAUGUUGAAGAUGCUGCCUUCAUAAGCUUAGCUCUGUCCCUCUACUGGAACAGGAGUUUUGAAUUCCAUCUACAGGUUUGAAAAUGUCGUCUCGAAGGGGGUCUGAGCAGCCGCCGCAGAGGCGGCUUAUGAGGACUCAGACCGUGGGAAAUCUAGGAGACUCCAUGUUUGAUAGUGAAGUCGUGCCAUCUUCGCUUGUUGAGAUUGCGCCGAUCCUUCGUGUUGCCAAUGAAGUUGAAUCCAGCAAUCCAAGGGUUGCUUAUCUCUGUCGAUUUUAUGCUUUUGAAAAAGCUCAUCGGUUGGAUCCGACAUCUAGUGGACGUGGUGUUCGCCAAUUUAAAACUGCACUUCUUCAACGUCUUGAAAAGGAAAAUGAACCUACCUUAAAGGUAAGGGGAAAAAAGAGUGAUGCGCGUGAGAUGCAGAGCUUUUAUCAACAUUACUACAAAAAAUAUAUCCAAGCAUUGCAGAAUUCUGAUAAAGCUGAUCGUGCACAACUUACCAAAGCAUACCAAACUGCUGCUGUCCUUUUUGAGGUUCUGAAGGCUGUCAAUCUGACAGAGGCUGUUGAACUUGAUCAUGAGAUUUUGGAAACUCAUAAUAAGGUUGCAGAAAAGACCGAAAUUUAUGUCCCUUACAAUAUUCUCCCUCUUGAUCCUGAUAGCGCAAAUCAGGCUAUCAUGAGAUAUCCCGAGAUUCAAGCUGCUGUUUUUGCUCUUCGUAAUACAAGGGGACUGCCAUGGCCGAGGGACUACAAGAAGAAAGUCGAUGACGACAUUCUUGACUGGCUUCAGGCCAUGUUUGGAUUUCAGAAGGACAAUGUGGCUAACCAAAGGGAGCACUUAAUUUUGUUGCUUGCAAAUGUACAUAUUCGGCAAUUUCCAAAGCCCGAUCAGCAACCCAAGCUGGAUGAGCGUGCAUUGACCGAGGUCAUGAAGAAACUGUUUAAGAAUUACAAGAAAUGGUGCAAGUACUUGAAUCGCAAGAGUAGUCUUUGGUUACCAACUAUACAACAGGAAGUUCAACAGCGUAAACUAUUGUACAUGGGCCUUUAUCUUCUAAUUUGGGGUGAAGCAGCAAAUUUGAGAUUCAUGCCUGAAUGCCUUUGCUACAUCUAUCAUCAUAUGGCAUUUGAACUCUAUGGGAUGCUUGCUGGGAAUGUCAGUCCCAUGACGGGUGAGAAUGUGAAGCCAGCUUAUGGAGGUGAAGAGGAGGCUUUCUUGGCAAAAGUUGUUAGUCCAAUUUAUCAAACGAUUGCAAAGGAAGCUGAAAGGAGCAAGAGGGCAAAAUCAAAGCAUUCACAGUGGAGGAACUAUGAUGAUUUAAAUGAAUAUUUUUGGUCAGUUGAUUGUUUCCGGCUAGGUUGGCCAAUGCGUGCUGAUGCUGAUUUCUUUUGUCAGUCUUCGGAUCAGCAACGUAGUGACAAAAAUGCAGAGAUCAAAUCAAACAGAGAUCGGUGGGUUGGCAAAAAUAAUUUUGUUGAGAUACGCUCAUUUUGGCAUGUCUUCAGAAGCUUUGAUAGGAUGUGGAGCUUUUUUAUUUUGUGUUUACAGGCUAUGAUAAUUGUUGCGUGGAAUGGAUCGGGGCAACCAAGCUCAAUCUUUGAUGCUGAUGUUUUCAAAAAGGUGCUUAGUGUCUUCAUAACUGCUGCAAUCUUGAAGCUUGGACAAGCUGUCCUGGAUGUUAUCCUCAGCUGGAAAGCAAGACGGAGUAUGUCAGUUGCAGUAAAGCUAAGAUAUAUCCUAAAGGUUGUGUCAGCAGCGGCAUGGGUGAUUGUUUUACCAGUGACUUACGCUUACACUUGGGAGAAUCCUCCUGGGUUUGCACAAACUAUAAAGAAUUGGUUUGGCAAUGGUGCAAAGUCAACUUCUUUAUAUAUUUUGGCCGUUGUCAUAUACCUGUCGCCAAAUAUGCUUGCUGCAUUGUUUUUUUUGUUCCCCUUUGUUCGGCGGUUUCUUGAAAGGUCAAACUAUAAAAUUGUGAUGCUCGUGAUGUGGUGGUCUCAGCCUCGGCUUUAUGUUGGGAGAGGAAUGCAUGAGAGUUCUUUCUCACUUUUUAAGUACACCAUGUUCUGGCUUCUGCUUAUAAUAACAAAGAUUGCAGUCAGUUACUAUGUAGAGAUAAAGCCUCUUGUGGGUCCAACAAAAGCUAUCAUGCAAGUUCAGAUAACCACUUUCAAAUGGCAUGAGUUUUUUCCACGAGCCAGGAACAACAUUGGUGUUGUAAUUGCACUCUGGGCUCCUAUUAUGCUUGUAUACUUCAUGGAUACCCAGAUUUGGUAUGCUAUUUUCUCCACAUUAUUUGGUGGUAUCUAUGGGGCAUUUCGUCGUCUUGGAGAGAUUCGAACCUUAGGAAUGCUAAGAUCCAGAUUUCAAUCAUUGCCGGGUGCUUUUAAUGCCUGCUUGAUUCCAGUGGAGAAGAGUGAAACAUCUAAAAGGAAGGGGCUGAAGGCUACUUUAUCUCGGAAAUUUGCUGAUAUCCCGCCUAGUAAAGAGAAGGAGAGAGCAAAUUUUGCGCAGUUGUGGAACCAAAUAAUAGAAAGUUUCAGGGAGGAAGAUCUGAUCAGUAACAAGGAAAUGGAUUUGCUGCUUGUUCCAUAUUGGGCUGACCGUGAUUUACAACUUAUCCAGUGGCCUCCAUUCUUACUUGCUAGCAAGAUCCCAAUUGCAUUAGAUAUGGCUAAAGAUAGUAAUGGGAAAGAUCGUGAACUGAAGAAGAGAAUUGUUGUAGACAACUACAUGUCUUGUGCUGUUCGUGAAUGCUAUGGUUCGUUUAGAAAUAUUAUCAACUAUCUAGUUCAAGGGGUUCAUGAAAAAAUUGUUAUAAAUGUUAUAUUCUCUGAAGUUGACAAGCACAUAGAAGCGGACACUCUUAUUAAAGAAUUGAAGAUGAGCGCACUCCCAAGCCUCUAUGAACAUUUUGUUAAGCUUAUCACGUAUUUGCAAGACAAUAAAUCUGAAGAUAGGGAUCAGGUUGUAAUCCUCUUCCAGGACAUGCUGGAGGUUGUAACAAGAGACAUAAUGGAGGAUCUGAUUCCUAGUAUUCAAGAAUCAAGUCAUGGUGGAUCUUAUGCGAGGCAUGAAGGGAUGGCCACCCUUGAAGAUCGAACACAGUUAUUUGCUUCACCUGGUGCUAUCAGGUUCCCAAUAGAACCAGAGACUGCAGCCUGGAAAGAGAAGAUUAAAAGGCUUCACCUGUUACUUACAGUGAAGGAGUCUGCGAUGGAUGUGCCAACCAAUUUAGAAGCGAGAAGACGUAUUUCUUUCUUCUCAAAUUCCUUGUUUAUGGACAUGCCUCCAGCACCCAAAGUUCGGAAUAUGCUUUCAUUCUCUGUUUUGACCCCUUACUAUAUGGAGGAGGUUCUUUUUUCGAUACAUGACCUCGAAGCACCGAACGAAGAUGGUGUUUCCAUCCUUUUCUACUUGCAGAAAAUAUUUCCAGGUUUGUGCUGGGCAUAUAGUAUGAAUAUACUGCAUUUUAAUCAAAAAUUUCUUUUAUGUAAUGACUAUAUGGGUUGUCCAGACGAAUGGACAAACUUUCUUGAGCGUUCCAGGGUGAAAAGACCUGAGGACCUGGAUGAAGCUGUCAGACAGAAUCCAGACCUAGAAGAAGAACUUCGUCUUUGGGCAUCAUAUAGAGGGCAAACUUUGACUAGAACUGUAAGAGGCAUGAUGUAUUACCGGAAAGCCUUGGAACUUCAGGCCUUCCUUGAUAUGGCUAAAGAAGAAGAUUUGUUGGAAGGCUAUAAGGCCGUGAAUCCUGAGGAACACUCAAAGAGUGAAAGGUCAUUAUUUACGCAGUGUCAAGCUGUAGCUGAUAUGAAAUUUACAUAUGUGGUUUCCUGCCAAAAAUAUGGAAUUGAUAAGCGAUCUGGCAAUGCUCGUGCACAGGACAUUCUAAGGCUUAUGACAACAUAUCCAUCUCUCCGUGUAGCUUACAUUGAUGAAGUUGAAGAAACUAGCAAGGAUAAGUCAAAACGGAUGAGUCGCAAGGUUUAUUAUUCUGCACUUGUUAAAGCUGCACCUAAGUCUCCAAAUACUUCGGAGCCAGUACAACAGCUAGACCAGGACAUUUAUAAGAUAAAGCUUCCUGGACCUGCUAUACUGGGUGAAGGAAAGCCCGAGAAUCAGAAUCAUGCGAUUAUUUUCACACGUGGAGAAGGGUUGCAGACUAUUGAUAUGAACCAGGACAACUACAUGGAAGAAGCAUUCAAAAUGAGGAACUUGUUAGAAGAAUUUCUUAAAAAACAUGAUGGCGUGAGAUAUCCAUCAAUACUUGGACUUAGGGAGCACAUAUUUACUGGAAGUGUUUCUUCCCUUGCAUGGUUUAUGUCAAAUCAGGAAACCAGUUUUGUGACUAUUGGGCAGAGAUUGUUGGCAAACCCUUUGAAGGUCCGGUUCCACUAUGGCCAUCCAGAUGUAUUUGAUAGAAUUUUUCACCUGACAAGAGGGGGUGUUAGUAAAGCAUCGAAGAUCAUCAAUUUAAGUGAGGAUAUAUUUGCAGGUUUCAACUCUACUCUUCGUGAAGGAAAUGUUACUCAUCAUGAAUACAUGCAAGUUGGUAAGGGGAGGGAUGUGGGUCUUAACCAGAUCUCUUUGUUUGAGGCAAAGAUAGCUAAUGGCAACGGUGAGCAGACACUAAGCCGUGACAUAUACCGGCUUGGACACCGUUUUGAUUUUUUCCGAAUGUUGUCAUGCUAUUUCACCACAGUUGGUUUUUAUUUCAGUACCCUGAUAACUGUCCUCACUGUCUAUAUAUUUCUUUAUGGUCGCCUUUACCUCGUUCUUAGUGGACUCGAAGAAGGUCUGAUUACACAAACAUCCAUUCAAAACAUUAAGGCCCUUCAAGUGGCUCUUGCUUCUCAAUCUUUUGUGCAACUUGGGUUCCUGAUGGCUUUGCCUAUGAUGAUGGAGAUUGGCUUGGAAAGAGGAUUCCGCACUGCACUAACUGAUUUCAUAAUGAUGCAGUUACAGUUGGCCCCUGUAUUUUUCACAUUUUCUCUUGGAACAAAAACCCACUACUACGGAAGGACAUUGCUUCAUGGAGGUGCAGAAUACAGAGCUACUGGUCGUGGGUUUGUGGUGUUCCAUGCCAAGUUUGCAGAGAAUUAUAGAUUAUACUCCCGCAGUCACUUUGUCAAGGGAAUCGAGUUGAUGAUUCUAUUAAUUGUAUACCAACUUUUUGGCCAUACAUACAGAGGUGCAGUGUCAUAUGUCUUGAUCACUAUCUCUAUGUGGUUCAUGGUUGGGACAUGGCUUUUUGCUCCCUUUCUUUUCAAUCCAUCAGGAUUCGAGUGGCAAAAGAUUGUUGAUGACUGGACCGAUUGGAAUAAGUGGAUAAGCAACCGAGGAGGUAUUGGUGUACCUACGGAAAAGAGUUGGGAAUCAUGGUGGGAGACACAGCAAGAACAUCUUAGACAUUCUGGGAAGCGUGGUAUCAUUACGGAGAUUCUGUUAGCGUUACGAUUUUUUAUCUACCAGUAUGGGCUUGUUUACCACUUGAACAUAACGAAGAAAACCAAAAGUGUUCUGGUCUAUGGUGCUUCAUGGCUUGUGAUUAUUUGCAUAUUGAUUGUGAUGAAGACUGUGUCCGUUGGAAGACGAAAAUUCAGUGCCAACUUUCAGCUUGUCUUCCGGUUAAUCAAGGGACUUAUCUUUGUCACAUUUGUCUCUAUUUUGAUCAUUUUGAUUGCUCUUCCACAUAUGACAGUGCUUGACAUCUUUGUCUGCUUUCUUGCUUUCAUGCCGACUGGAUGGGGAUUGCUCCUGAUUGCGCAAGCUUGUAGACCUAUUGUUCAUCGUGCUGGCUUCUGGGGUUCAGUUAAGACACUUGCUCGUGGCUAUGAAAUUGUAAUGGGAUUGCUUCUGUUCUCCCCUAUUGCAUUUCUGGCCUGGUUCCCAUUUGUUUCAGAAUUCCAGACACGGAUGUUGUUCAACCAAGCCUUCAGUCGAGGUCUACAGAUCUCACGUAUUCUUGGUGGGCCGAGGAAGGAUCGAUCAUCUAGGAAUAAGGAGUAAAAUUGUCAUGAAAGGGAAGUUGAAGUUGUCAAUCAUUGCCAUUGGUUCGAUUUUCUGGAAGAUGGCAGGUACAUUGUUCACUAUUGUAUUUAAUGUAAUAGAUGUAGAAUUAUUUAUUGUGGAUUAUAGAGUAGAAGAAGAUAGCACUUCAUAGAUCUGAAAUUGGAUUUUCCUUAGCAAGCUAUCCUGCAUGUAUUGUGAUGUUUUAUACACUGAGGUUUUGCCAAUUGCUUGUAAGUGAUUUUGACUGCA